AUGUGGCUGUUUAUUGCAAUCCUGUUUUUCGUACAAGCCCCCACGAACUCCGAAGAUGCCACCAAGCAGAAAAUGGCUCUAAAUCCUGAGAGUCUCAUGAACGUUAGCCAAAUCAUCUGCCACAGAGGGUACCCCAGUGAGGAGUAUGAUGUCCUGACUCGUGAUGGCUACUACAUCCACCUGAACAGAAUUCCUCAUGGAAGAGAAAAGCCUAAGAACAGAGGGCCCAGGCCAGUCGUGUUUCUCCAGCACGGGAUACUUGGAGAAGGCAGUCACUGGGUGGAAAAUCUGGCUAACAACAGCCUUGGCUUCAUACUAGCAGACUCUGGCUAUGACGUGUGGCUGGGAAACAGCCGGGGGACGAGCUGGUCCCGGAGACACCAGCACCUUUCAGCUGACCAGGUGGAAUUCUGGGAUUUCAGCUUCCAUGAGAUGGCAAUGUACGACCUCCCAGCCACCAUCGACUUUGUGCUGCAGAAAACAGGGCAGAAGCAGCUCCACUACGUUGGCUACUCCCAGGGCUGCUCAACUGCGUUUAUUGCAUUUUCAUCCAUGCCCGAACUGGCUCAGAAAGUCAAAAUGUUUUUUGCCCUGGCUCCGGUAGUGGCACCCAAGCACUCCAGAAGUCCAUUCAUAAAGAUGCAUCUCCUCCUGGACAACAAGCUCAAGAUGAUUCCGAUGCUGCUCGGCAGAACGGACGCGUCCCUGCGGGUGAGGAAGCUGUGGCGGUUCCUCCCAGAGCUGUGCAGGCACAUGCUGCUGCACAAGUCCUGUGCCAACCUCCUCUUCCUGCUGAGUGGCUACAACGAGAAGAAUCUCAACAUGACACGGCUGGAUGUGUACACAUCCCACUACCCAGAUGGCACCUCUGUCAAAAAUAUCAUCCACUGGGCCCAGGUGAUAAAAUCUGGAGAAUUCAAAGCCUUUGACUAUGGCAGUGAGAACCAAGCCAGGUACCAUCAGGUAGGAGCUGCAGUGGCAGUGCUGCCAGCUAGAGAUGCUGGGGGUCUAUCCGGGGUGCAGGGACAGAAUGGCUGGCAGGGAUUGACCACCGAGACCCCUCUGUGUCCCUCCAGGACACACCGCCCUUGUACCACGUGGAGGAGAUGCCGGUGCCCACCGCGGUGUGGUCGGGAGGGCAGGACUGGGCAGCUGACUGGAGGGACAUCCUCCUGCUGCUGCCUCGCAUCACCCACCUCGUCUCCUACACCCACAUCCCCGACUGGAACCACUGGGACUUUGUCUGGGGCCUGGACGCCCCUGGGCGCCUCUACAGCAGCAUCCUGA